AUGACAGUCAUCACCACCCUCGUUGCCGCUGCGGCGGCUGGUAUUGUUGCUGUCUCUCAGGCUUCACCGGUUGGAUCAGCACCUGCCGUUGGCGUUUCGAACGCGAAAUCCUCUUUGACACUCAUUUACCAGAACAAUCUUAACGGCUCGGACGACAAGAACCACAUUGGUGCCAUCAUCCUCGACCCGGUCCCUCAAGCCAAUGCAGCAGCAGCCUGUGCCUCGCUCAACGAGAAACUCAUCUCCAAGGCUACGCUCCAGAAGUACCAGGCUGAUUUCAACGAUGCUCUCUCAUACCAAGAUUAUGCCAAGUACACCGACGCUGAACGAGGGUACUACAUCGACAGUGGCGUCGUCUCAGUCGGCAACCGAGUGAAGUACAUGUCUGCUUCAUCACAUCACAAGCAACUGCCUGUCUUGUGUACCCAAUCGGCAAACAAUGGAUCAGCGAGUGCCGGUCCUGUGAACGGAAGUUCUAUCUCAGUUGCAUCUGGUGGAAACACAUUCGUCGGAUACCGAAAUCAGAAGUCCUUUAGGUUCCUCGGCAUUCCAUACGCGGAUACGCCUACCCGUUUCCAGUACUCUUCGCUCUACUCUAAGAAGGGUCAAACAAUUCAGACUACCGAAUACGGCUCCAAUUGCAUCCAAGGUGGUGGUGGAAGCGAAGACUGUCUCUUCCUCAACAUCCAAACACCAUACAUCCCCAAAGUAGGAUCGAAGAAGCAGCUCCGCCCCGUAUUGUUCUGGAUUCACGGUGGUGGAUUCACCGGAGGAAGUGGUGCUGAUCCACUCUCCGACGGUGGAAACCUUGCAAGCAAGGAAGAUCUUGUUGUGGUUAACAUCAACUACCGUCUUUCGACGCUCGGCUUCCUGGCCAUCCCUGGAACAGACAUCAAGGGCAACUUCGGUAUCGGCGACCAGAUCGUGGCGCUCGACUGGACUAUUGCAAACAUCGCUGCCUUUGGUGGUGACCCUGAGAGGAUAACCAUCGCUGGAGGAUCAGCCGGAGCCGGCUCUGUCAGAACACUGUUAGGCUCCCCUAAAGCCAUCGGAAAGUUCCAAGGCGCCGUUGCCUUAUCCAACCUCGGAGGUGGCGUAACGCUUGGUCUGGACGGAGACUACGGAACAACUUAUUCAACCUACUACACGGUCAAUCAGAGCUACACCGUCGCCGGGCCUCAGAUCUUUGCGGCGGCUGGCUGCAACAGCACUGAUGUGUUAGCCCAAAUCGCUUGUCUCGACAAGGUCCCUGCUGCAGACCUGGUCGGCUUCAGCACUGUAGCCCGAUAUGUCGUCCAAGACGGUACAUACGUCAACACGCCAGAACUCAUCAUCUCAACUCGCAAUGCCAGUACCGCACACAUUCCCGUAAUCUUCGGCACCGUUCUCGAUGACGGCGCUUCGUUCUCUACAUAUCCCACAAGCCCGAUCUCAAACCACUCGCAAGGACUACAGGAAGCGCUUGGUAUCAACAGCACAUGGGCCGAACGCGUCAUCCAGUCUGGUCUGUUCCCCUUCACCAGCACGGGUAACCUGACGCUCGACUCCUUCAACGUCUCGCAGCGCAUUGCCACCGACAAGACAUUCCGCUGUGCCGACCAAUCGACCGUCUACUCUGCCUCGCGAUCAAAAGCCUUCUCAAAGACAUACUACUACCAACUUGACCGUUCCAUCGACGGCUACGACCCCAACAACCUGGGUGGCCCUGCCAACGACAACCCCGAGAACCCGUACUUCCGCUUCCACGGCGCAGACUCGCCUUGGUUCUUCGGCGUUCUGAACCGCAUCCGCGAACCAGAGGAUCUGUGGAGUGUUCAACUCACUACCAGCUACUUCGCUUCCUUCAUCAGGAACGGCGACCCGAACCCUAGCUUGAAGUAUCUUGAUGUAAGAGGGUACUACAAGGUGCUUGAAGGUGUGACGAAGUAUGGUCAGUGGAUGCAGGUUGAUGCGACUAAGAAGUCAGGAGAUGAGAUUAGGCUGUUGGAUUGGCCUAGCAAGAGCGCUGGAUACACGGAUGUGGAGCAGUGUGAUUGGCUGGGAUACCCUCUGGAUUACUACCUGAACGGAGGGAUCUGA